AUGGUAGGUGGCUACUCGGAAUGUUCACUCCUCCAGGACGCCAUCAGAAACAUCGCUGGAGACAUCCGUGUCAUCAUCCCUAACGACCCGGGUCUGGCUGUACUGAAAGGAGCUGUAAUUAACGGUCACCACCCAGAGAUGGUGUCACAACGGAUAUGUAAAUACACAUACGGAGUGGGAGCUAUGUCUCUAUUUAUAGAAGGGGUACACAGAGAAGACUAUCGAGUGACACAAGAGAACGGGGAUAUCCGAUGUGAAAAUUGUUUUUCUUCAUUUGUCACACGGGGAACACAUGUUCACUUUGGUACAUCUUCAGUUACCAAAUCGUUCAGUGUUAUUUCUUCAAACCAAACAUCCAUUUCUUUCGGAAUUUACGCCUCAACGUCUGAUAAUCCAAUGUAUACCACAGACGACAGUGUCCAGGAGAUAGGAGAACUCGUACUGGAUAUGCCCGACACCUCUCGCGGUUUAGACAGGGGAGCAAAAGUAACGAUGUAUUUUGGAGGAUCAGAGAUCGAGGUGAAAGCCGUUGACAAGCAUAGUGGAAAUGAAAUACGAGUACGUGUUGACUUUCUUGGAUAG